UGAGUUUAGACUCCUUUUUAAACCACUCAUUGUGUUUUUGUGCACUGCAGAUGUUGUGUGAAGGUAAGCUGUGGAGUUUGGUGUUUGAAGCUGAUCCAGAGUGCGUAAAUCCUCCUACGUGCUGCACGGUCAGGGCACAAUCAUCGUCUUCACCGAGUUACCUCCUCUCAGCACAAAGCCCUGACCACUCAUCCCUAGAGGAUACAACCCAGACCAGACAACCCCAAGGGGGAACCCAUCCUUCCCCCACAGACCCUGCAGCAGGACGGCAACUCGCCAUAGGUGUGGAUGUCCCCAGGCAUGCGCACGCCCCAGAAACAGAGGCAUUUUUGGUGCCCUCAAGCUGCCACAGCAUCUGCAAGCAUUACAGUGAUUUACACAUUGCUGGUGGCCAGGUGCUGCCACUCAGCCCCAGCACAUUGGAGAUACAGGGCAAUCUCAUUCAAGACCCCAAGCCUGGGCCCUUCCUCCUGUCUGGGGAUGUUCCCUCCCCCUCCCUCCUGCCUCCUCUGGUCCAUGAGAACAGGAAUUCGAGGUGCUGGAAGGAAGAAAGCGGGCGCGAGCGUCCCUCUCUUCUGCAAUUCAGCCGGCCUUUCUCUAAUUCACAGCUCAACAGCUACCUGGAACAGAAGCUUUUGGAGCUGUACAAGCAGUACCUGACCGAGGGACCUGCAGCAACCGUCAUGGCCUAUGAGCUUCUGCACACCAACCUGGACCAGAUGACUCUCCAGCUGAGCCGUGAGCAGAACGUGGAGACGGCUAGGGCCAAAGACAUGCUGCUCAGCUGCCUGCUGAGAGUCACCAGCAGUUACCAGUCCAGCGAGAUCAGCACUCCUCUACUGCAGAUCUCCAUUGAGAUAAGAUGAGUUUGAUAGUGGGAGGAGAUGAAAAGACAGAGGAGGAAA